UGGGUGUAACAUCAGCAUUUGGAAACUUAUGACAGCUCAAAUGACAAGGAAAAGGAAAAAAUAAGUUAAUACAGGUUUUUGUCUCCAUGUCCACGUCCUCCAUGACCACAACAACACCACCAUGGCUCUGGCCGCCACCCCCCAGCUGAUCGAGCGCCUGAGGGCCCAGAAGGAGGUGACCAAAGGCGACAUCUAUGGCCUGGUGGUGGAAGAUGGAAAGUCUCCUGCAGUGGCCAUGGCCAUGCUGGUGGAGGGGGAGGGGCAGGGGGAGCUUGGCCACCCCCCAUCUCUUCUCCUCCCCCCACCGUUGACAAGACUGGGAAUGUUCAAGGUCUCAGAGGGUGAUUCAACCUGCCCUGACCUGGAGGCAGGAGAGGUGGGCAUCGUAUGGGACCAGAAGGAUGUCAUGUACUUCUGUGGGCCAGGUGAGGCAGGUGAGCCACUAACGACCCUCCCUCAAGCUCAGCUCAACAGUCUCUUUGCCCUGGCUAAGGUGAGCUUCACCCUGGAGCUCUGGUCACGGGAUUCCUCCAGAGAGUCGUUAAGGGACCCGAGCCCCGUUCCAGGCCUUCACAGCAAGAAAGGGAAUGCCACUGUCCUAUGUGAGGAGCUGGACUCUGCCGCCGCUUGUUUCCGUCUACGUAGUGGCCGGCUGGUGCUGCACAAUGGGAGUGGUGAAGAUGGUAGUGGUGGUGUGCUGUGUGGUGGUGGUGGUGGUGGUGCAGUGGUGGGUGGUGAUGAGGCUGCUGGUGGUGUGUUAUUCAAGGCUGCUGCAGGAAAGAAGAAAGGUGGUGGUGGGGGUGGAAGUGGGGGAAGCACACAACAAGAGGCCACAUUCCAACUGCUGUUUAACCGGUCAGUGUCCGCAGCAGACACCACCUCAGCUGCUGCACCAGUGGUCCGUGUGGACAGCCGGGAGACUCAUGUUUUGUCUGCCGUGGUGUCUGGCGAGGCUGUAGUGUACCUGGACAAAGGGGCCACUCUUAAGGCGAUCCCAAAUGUGCUGGCCAAUGGCGUGGCCCAGCAGGUACGUCUGGCAGAGUACUGGCUGGCCAAGCAGAGGGCUGAGCCGGGGCUGCGGGGCCCCCUCACUGCCCUGGCUACCCUGCCACACGCUGCCGGCCACCUGCUGUCCCUGAUCUACCCUGAGGCUAUUGAUGAGGACAAGCUGAAGGGGUAUAGGGAGGCCGUCCACCAGGCCUUCCUUCUCCCCUUAGACCGGCCGAUGGUCCGCCGGGGUAACGGUCUCACGCCACCACCUGGCAUCCGUCCCUCAGCCCUGGCUAACCCCCAUGCCUCCCUGUCACCUCCUGGACUAGGUGUGGCAUCCGUAGUGAGUGGGGGGUACAUGUACUAUCACUACCUACAAGGCAAGAGUGACGACAAAGGGUGGGGGUGUGCCUACCGCUCCCUGCAAACCAUUGUCUCCUGGUACCAGCUGCAGGGCUACACCAGCCGCCCCAUACCCUCACACAAGGAGAUACAGAAAUGCCUCGUUGAUAUAGGAGACAAGCCUGCUGAUUUCAUUGGCUCAAAGAAGUGGAUCGGCUCGACAGAGGUUGGAUUUGUGCUUGAGACCCUAUACAAGAUCCGGUCUCGAUUCAUUUGUGUGUCCAGUGGCGCAGAGCUUGCGUCCCGUGGAGGAGAACUUGCACUGCACUUUGAGACGCAGGGAACGCCAGUGAUGAUUGGCGGAGGGGUGCUAGCACAUACCAUCCUGGGUGUGGACUGGAACCAGGACACCCAGCAGACUGCCUUCCUGGUGCUGGACCCCCACUACACCGGCAGCGAUGACCUAUCUUCUGCACUGGCCAAGGGUGGCGUUGCGUGGAAAAAUUCUGACUUCUGGAAUGCAACCGCUUUCUAUAACUUGUGUUUGCCGCAGAGGCCAGUGUGUAUUUAGACUGUGUAUUUGUGUGUGUGUGUGUUUGUGUGUGUGUGUAUGUGUUUUUGCAUGCAUACAUGUGUACUUUUUCUUCACCAGUGUCAAAAGUUAGAAUAUAAGAUAGUAACUUUCCCUUUGGUUAGUGUGUAGCUAUAUCUCCUGCACAUGGUUUUUCAUGGGUUAUAUAGUCAGGUUUUUUACUUUUAUCACUUCGUUAUUACCAGCUAGAGUUCUCAUCCCCAUGAUAAUCUUGUUCAUGACCAUUUAUUAUAUCAUUCAGCACCUUGCUUCUAACAUUAAUGUAGAGGACAAAAUAAUGCAACAUUUCAUACUACAUUCCAGCAUUCCAUGGCAAGGAGGGUCAGUUUUUGGUUGUUGGGAUCUAAAAACGAAUUCCUGCUCUACAUGAUGUUACAUUGUUAAUUGGAGCAUGUCAUGUUACAAUAAAGCUAUGAUGCGUUU